AGAGAAAAAACCGAAUAACGGAAGUUGCGGGGAAAAGUUAGCUGCGACGAAAAUUGAAAAAGGGGUAACAAAGGGAAGAGAGGGUGAUAUAAGCGCCAUUGUGAGUGCACCUAAGGGAGGAGAGCAAGAGGCUUCCUCUCAAUCACGUGAAAAACGGCGAGAUUUUACCGAACGCGUCCGCGAUCUGCUGUGCGACAGUGAAGAAAGAAGCGCCUGGUCAGACGUGGUCCUCCUGCGCUGCCGAAUUGCAUCGCAUAUCUUUACGAACGAGUGUGGUUAGCAGUUCAAUAGAGUGGCAAAAUGGAUGCGCGAUUCAGAAGCAAUCUCGAUAUGAUCGGACGCAAUGAGCCCAUCACAAGGAAGGCGAAAUUUUGGCAGAGUUACGUACGGGCCCUGAAAGGCACUGACGACAUCAGAGCUCCUGAGCACACUCACAGGCCUCGCGGCAUUUUCCGCUCGGAUUUUCCUGAGCUGCAUUCCACCUCGUGGCCGUUUGGAAAGUCAAUCUUCGAAAAUCCGAUUCACGCAGCCGACCGUAUUAAUGUUCCCGGAUACAGGUAUCUACCCGUGCACCGUGAGAUCUACGGUUACUCGCCAAGGCAGCUGUAUCCCCAUCAGUACAAACCCGUAGAACGCUUCACCCCCGCGAAAUCCUUCGACGCUGAGAAGGCUUGGAAUGAUCACCUGAACCGCUUGGCGGACAUCGACAGACUUUACCCGAGCAAAUCACCACUUUUGGCUCGUCAUUUAAGCCCACCUCUCAGUACGAAACGAUUGUUCGAUAUUCACGGUAAUCUCGUGGACGACGAUUUCUUUUUGCCACGUCCGUCGGUCUUGCUGCGCAGGAAGCCGUACUUCGAUCUCCUGGAACCAUCACCGAUGGCACCCAUCAGUGCGUUUACUAGGGACCCAUGGUGGUACCCAAGCUACGCGCCCUAUAUUCCGAGUUACGCUCAAUAUCGCACACCGUUCUUUCUGAGGGACAGUUACCUCAGUCCAAUUAAACGUAGCUAUCUAUGGAGCCGACAUCCUUUCAGGCCUUUCGGAGCGUUAUACUACUAUUAUUCGCAGCCAGUUCCACGAUUUCACUUUACCAGCCCGUGGUAUAAUAAACGUACCACGUAUUAAGCAAAAAAACUCACGCUUACUGAUGACUGCCUGGUGCCACACGGAAAGCGUGAAACAAAAAAAAACGACGAAAAAAGAACAAAAUAGUACCUGAAAAAGGUCAAC